CAACUCGUUCGCCGCCUCAUUCUUUCAGUACCAGCCGGUGCUCAGAGUACCGGCCUCUCAGGCCUCGGUCAUCGUGUCGGCAAUGAACGGCGCCUUUAGCUUCGGUCGACUCAUCAGUGUUUUCAUAGCCUUUUAUGUGAAGCCCGACCUCAUGGUAAUCGUCCCGUUGUUCAUCACAUUAGGUAAGGGUGGUUAUAUAUUCAUGCUAUUUGGCCAAGAUAACUACGCGACCCUCUGGUGCUCAGCCAUUAUCAUAGCAUUUGGAUUCUCAACCAUCUGGGUCUGUUUGUUUUCAUUUGUGGGCCGGUAUAUGCCACUGACAGAUAAGAUCGGGGGCUGGUUUAUAGGCCCCUGCAAUAUAUCAUAUGUGAUAUUGUGCUAUUUUGUGAGCGAGUUCAUUUUGUGGGACCCGUCGAUAUUUUUGUAUAUUAGUAUCGCGGGCGUAGGCAUUGGUAUUAUAGCGUUUGUGGUAGCUAUGAUCCGGUGGGCAUUAGCUUGACGUCCACAGCUGGAGAUACCGUACCUGAUUGGAGGUGUUGUGGAGAUUAUAGGACCGAUAUUCUACUUCUCCAUGUUUUUUAUCAAGAAAUACCAUUACGUCAGCGACUUUGAAAGCACCGACACCUCGACCACCAAACCCGUCGACUGGGAGCGCCGGAAGCAAUACAUACCUAAACGCUUCAUAUUGUCGUGCAUUUCGGUCGUCUUUUUCACCGCCAUUCUGGCGGAAAACCUGUUCAACACAUGGGCCAACACAUUCUUUCAGUACCAGCCCGUGCUCCAUGUGUCCGCCUCUACGGCAGCGGAUAUUAUGUCCGCAUCUAACGGCGCUUUCAGUUUCGGUAGGCUCGUCAGUGUAUUCAUAGCCUUUUACGUCAAGCCAGCAUACAUGAUAAUAGUCCAGAUGUUCAUAGCGUUGGCCGGGUAUGUUUACUUAUACUUCGGGCAAAACGUCAUGCUCAAUUUGUGGUUGAGUGCGGUGGUGGUGGGACUGGGAUUCUCGACGAUCUGGAUCUGUUUGUUCACAUUCGUGGGCCGGUAUAUGCCGCUGACCGACCGGAUCGGGGGCUGGUUUAUAGGGCCCUGCAAUAUAUCGUAUAUUGUUUUGUGCUACUUUAUUUCGGAACUUAUUCAAACCGAUCCUAAUGUGUACUUGUACAUUAAUAUUGCCGGGGUGGUGGUGGGCAUUAUAGCGUUUAGCGUGGCGUGGUAUAGCGGUAUAACACAGUCCAUGGAGGGGCCGGCGUUUGUGGAGUUUACGUACACAACAAACUCGUCGCUGAGUCUGAUAGGUCUGGUACCUGCCCUGCAAGGGGUCGGCAUGUUUUUUGGUUCACUUUGUAUGGGCAGUUGGAAUGGCUGUAAUUAUGUCGUGUUAAUCGAAAUGUGGACCUACCGGAGCCCUCAGAUGAUACUGUGGUCGCAAGUGUUUUGGAGUGUAGGCGCUAUCAUAGGACCACUUAUCACUCAAAAUUUUGUGAUUAGUGCUAUCGCGUACUUUGGCAUGUAUUUCAUCAAAAAGUAUAACUACACCAAAACCACGGACACCACAGACACUACCUGUGCCGACAUCGCUGAGCGCCGGAAGCGAGUCAUACCGAAGUACUUCAUAUUAGGCUGUAUUUCCGUUGUCCAGUUGACCGCUAUUAUGGUCGAAUACUCAUACCUGGCCUUUUCGGCCACUUUCUACCAGUACCAGCCGGUGCUCUUAGUGAGCGCCUCCUGGGCCUCAUGCAUAUACCAGCCGGUGCUCUUAGUGAGCGCCUCCUGGGCCUCAUGCAUAGUAUCCAUGCAAAAUGGGGCAUUUGCCCUGAGUCGUUUAGUUAGCAUAUUCAUAGCCUCUUAUGUCAAACCCUCGUAUUUGAUUAUUGUAGGCCUGAUCGUAGCGUUAGCCGGAUAUGUGUUUAUGAUACUAGGCCUGAUCGUAGCGUUAGCCGGCUAUGUGUUUAUGAUACUAGGUCAAAAUUAUAUGUCUACCCUAAUAGCCAGCGCCCUUGUCAUAGCACUGGGAUUCUCGCUGCCAUCCAUAUACCUGUUCUCAUACCUGGGCAGGUAUAUGACGGUUACGGAUAGGAUUAGUGGUUGGAUUAUAGGGCCCUGUAAUAUGUCGUAUAUUGACUAUUGCCUAUUCAUAAAUGAGCUCAAGAGCACCGACACAUCAACUAAAAGUGAUCACACAAUUGACCCCAAAACACAUCCCAUUCCCAAAUAUCUCAUAAUAGCCUCCAUUUCCAUCGUCCAGUUAACGGCCGUUAUGUCGGAGCAACUAUUCGCCACAUUUACGGCCACUUUCUAUCAGUACCUACCGGUGCUCAACAUAACAGCCUCGAAGGCCUCGACCAUAGUGUCGGCCCAGAACGGGAUGUUAGCUUUGGGACGAAUGAUCGGCGGUGCGCUGAUUAUAUCGUUAGGGUUUUCAGUGCCAUCAGUGUACUUGUUCACAUUUGUGGAC